CCAUCUGUUUUUCAAAGCCUACCCUUCGUACUAGCUUCGAACUGAGCGUUUCGAUUGGAGAAUCACGUUCGUCCUUUCUUACUAUUUCCGCAUUGAAAAUUUUCCAAGUUGACGUUGAAUAGCGACUAACUAGCCUAAUUUGGUUGAUUUUCCUUGUACACAAUGUUCCAUCAUAAAUAUGACAAUAGACGAGCAAUUUAAGUGAUUCAUAGAAAAAAUAUACUUGUAAGAUACAUAAUUAUGUGACUAAAUGUGAGAGAUUGUAGUGUAAAAAAAAAUGUUUCAUCACGAAUAUGAGAAACGGCUGUUGAAGUCGAACAGCGAGAGCCAUAUAGAUAAUCUGGCAGGUUCCGGACUCUAUACAUCAGCAUACUUUUCACCAACUAAAAUGGUGAAUAAUAGUUUUGAUCGAUUUAUACCAACAAGAUCUGGCAAUAAUUGGCAGACAACAUUUUCAAUGAUAUCAGAAAACAAUCGAAAUGGCAUAGUCACAAAAAAAGCUCGUGAGAAUGGGGAAGGUAGUCGUGAUGGUAUUGCCUAUUCCUGCCUUUUGAAAAAUGAAUUACUUGGAGCAACUAUAGAAGAUGUAAAAGGACAAUGUGAAGAACGCAGAGUACUUUCACCACUAGUUACCAAAAAUCUUUUUAAAUAUACAACACCCACAAAAGAUCAUACAUUAUUAGAUCAGAGUUUACCUUAUUCUCUAUCACCACUGAGCGCUAAAAGCCAGAAACUUUUAAAAUCUCCUAGGAAGGCAACUAGAAAGAUUUCAAGAAUACCUUUUAAAGUACUCGAUGCUCCAGAAUUACAAGAUGAUUUUUAUUUAAAUCUUGUUGAUUGGUCAUCUCAAAAUGUUCUCAGUGUUGGUUUAGGUAGCUGUGUCUAUUUAUGGUCUGCAUGUACAAGUCAGGUGACUAGAUUGUGUGAUCUGACUAGCGAUGGAAAUAGUGUAACAUCAGUUGCUUGGAAUGAGAGAGGAAAUUUAGUUGCAGUUGGCACUCACCUAGGCUACAUCCAAGUCUGGGAUGUAGCUGUAAGCAAACAAGUAAGCAAGUUGCAAGGACACAGUGCAAGAGUUGGAGCGCUAGCUUGGAAUGGUGAAGUUUUAUCAUCUGGCAGCAGAGACAGGUUAAUAUUACAAAGAGAUGUUAGAACUCCUAGUGUCGUUAAUGAAAGACGUUUAGGAGCACACAGACAAGAAGUCUGUGGACUUAAAUGGUCUCCAGAUAAUCAAUAUUUAGCCUCUGGUGGUAAUGACAAUCGACUUUACGUAUGGAACCUACAUUCCCUUUCACCCAUACAAACUUACACAGAACAUCUAGCAGCCGUUAAAGCUAUUGCAUGGUCUCCUCAUCAUCAUGGCCUAUUAGCUUCUGGAGGAGGAACAGCUGAUAGGUGCAUCAGAUUUUGGAACACGUUAACUGGUCAACCGAUGCAAUGUGUUGACACUGGAUCCCAAGUUUGUAAUUUAGCUUGGAGUAAACAUAGUUCAGAACUAGUCAGUACACAUGGCUACUCUCAAAAUCAAAUUUUGGUUUGGAAGUACCCUAGUUUAACACAAGUCGCAAAAUUAACUGGACAUUCAUACAGAGUGUUGUAUUUAGCAAUGUCACCGGAUGGUGAAGCUAUUGUAACUGGUGCCGGUGAUGAAACCUUACGUUUUUGGAAUGUGUUUAGUAAAGCACGCAGUCAAAAAGAAAAUAAGUCUGUAUUGAAUCUUUUCACUAGUAUUCGAUAAAUAUGAUAAAUUUCUGUAAAAGGACAAUGGUUUUAUGUAUAACAUACAUAUAUUUUAUGUAUAAUACAUAUUGAGUGCAAGUGCAUAUGUGUGCAAGCACACAUGACACACUAUAUACACAAAACACAUACGCGUAUAUAUAUAUAUACACACUACAAAUGCACGAAUAUAGUAUUUUAAAAAAUUAUAAAGUAUGCAAUAUAUAUCUAUAGAUAAUUUACAAAUAAGAAUUGGUGAAAUUUAUAGAUUAAGUUUAUAAAUGCACAAUUUACAUUUAUAGAAUCCUAUGUGCAAUAAGUUAUUAUUUGUAGAGGAUAAAUAUGCCCUUAUAAGGAGAAUUAAAAACAAUAUUAUUUUUAUAUAUUUUUUUAUAUAAAUAUUUUUAUACACAACAUACUCGUAUUUCGUAACAGUUUAUAGGAAGUCUGAUAAAUACAGUAUAUACUUUUAUGAAAUAUUUUCUUUCAUGUUUUAUUUUGAUUGUAUUGCAUUGAUUAACUAAAGAAAACGACAAAUUGUAUAUUUAUAUUGUUUUUACUGUAACAAAAUUAAUGAAAUGUCAUAUGUCAGUAUAUUUAAUGCAAUAAUAUUAUUGUACAGUGCUGUUCAUGAAUUAUGAAUAACUUCAUUUACUCUGUUUCCAUUUACUACAUAAGUAUGUUUGCCUUAAAUGUAACGAUGCCUGCAACAGAGAUUGAGAAAGAAACGAAUUAAAAAUUUUUAUUCAUGAGAAGCACUAAUAAAAUUCCUUUCAAGGGCGUAUUAUUCUUUUUAUGUAAGAUUUCAAAACAUUUAGUCACUGUCUAAUACAGGCUGAUUCAAUUUCAAAAUGAUCAUGCAAAUCCUUAAAGACUAUUUUUUUUAACUCUUGUAAGCACAUUAACUUCUUAAGAGUUAGAAUAUUUCUUUUUCUAAGCAAUUUGUAUUAUUUUAUAUUUUACAAUAAGUAAAGUGUACAAAUAAUUUGAAAUAUGACUUAUAAAAUAAAUUCCUUUAUUUAUGUAGAAAUAAAAAUAAUAUAUUCACAUUUUUAAUUAUACAUUUAAAAAAUUGAUGCUGUAAUUAAUAAAAAUAAUGUGCAAGUUCUUGUAAACUAAAGUCUAAAAUUUAUAUUGAUGUAACUAAAUAUAACUAAUUUAUAGUUCACAAAAUUAUGUACAAUUUAUUUUUCAAAAAUUUUUAAACUUCUAAAUCAUGUAGAAAAUAAAUAUAUUCU